AUGGCAAAGAAGCCUAGCAGGAAAGGUCUUCUCUUUUGGACACCUAAUGUUGAGGCCAUGCUGGAUCGUUUCAUCACUCAAAACUCUCCACCGAACUCCAAAACUCUCCAUCUCAUUGAGGCUCAUCGCGAUGCCAGCAUUCGUGGACUCAAUUCACACCUCACUCGACUUCUAAAUGAGUUAGAAGCUAAGAGAAAAAUCGGUGAAGCAUUUGAUCGGAUGAGGAAAGCUAGCCAAAGCCGGUGCUGGUGGGAAGCCCCAAUUGACAAGCUCGGAUUGCUAGAGCUUGAACAGCUUAGGAACUCCAUGGAGGAGCUUAAGAAGAAUGUUACAAAUCAAACUAACUAG